GAGAAGUCCCCCGAGUGCCGGGACGAGGAAGCCAACAGCAGCACGGCCAGGCACGCUCCUCGCAGCCAGCUGAGCUGGGGGAGCAGUCUCUGGUCCUUGCCCUCGCUCCGCUUCCACUCGCGCGGGCAUUUCUACCAGGCCUUCGCCCGAUUUGAUUUGGAGGUCUUGCAGCCGGUCUUCGGAGGGCCCUGUCACGCCAGAGCUGGUAGCCAUGCCCAGCGCCCCAGGGACAGCGAGAGGAGAGAGACGUUCGAGAUGCCGCGGUACCAGGCCGAAGAGGAAGCAGUGCCUUUGAAGUCACGGGCCGUCAUCUUCGAAUGA